AUGCCUCCUCUGUCCGCCGCCGCGGCCGAGGCGGCGAAGAAGCUGAAGGAAGCGCGCGACCGGGCGGAGGCGAACGCGAACCGCGCGCCGGCGAAGCGCCCCAGAAGACAAGCGCCCCGGCGCGCGCGCGGCGGCGACGCGCCCGCGCCCUGGGGCGACGCGGAUUCCUCGGGCUCCGAGGUCGACGGAUUCUACCGCGCCGCGCUCGGAUGGCUCCUCUGGCGUCGCCCCGAGGAGGGCGAGCUCCCGGAGAUACCCACGUCGUUCGCCGACGCGCGCGAGUACGUCCGCGCGUUCGAGCCCGCGCUCGUGGAGGAGACGCGAGAGCAAGUCCGCAAGGAGUGGUUGGAGAGCGUCGCGGAGAAGCGCCAGUAUCAGGCGCGACUUUUGCCGGCGUGUCUCUCCGCCCAGGGUCCCUCGCUUUUAAUCCCGACACGCCUCGGCGCCUUUCAACUUCAACUGACGCCUUUCAACUCCACCCCGACGUUCGCUCGUUGGAACGACCCUCAGACCACGCUUAUCGGGCUGGGGACGAGCGGCGCGUGGCGCGUCGCGACGCUUCGGUGCGCGAACCGUCGCGAAGCGGAAGCCAUAGGCGCGCUCUGCCCGUCCAACUCCGUCGCGGUGCUGUGCGAGCGACGCGUGGAGGAGAGCGAUCCGUGGUCGAGGCACGCGGAGGGGUCGUCGCUGCCGCUCGCGUGCGCGGGGUUCGUCGAGAGCGUCGACGCGAAGGAAAAGGACGGCGACGGCGUCGUCAGGUUUCACUUUUUCAUAAGCGACGAGGCGCACGUGCGGACGGAUUCGAGCUGUCCGAACUGGAGGGAGUGGCACGAGAGGUAUCGACAGCGCGAACGCGACGUCUUGGAGCUGUUCGAGGGCGCGAAGAGGCAGGUCGUGGACGCGAAAGGACGGUCCAUGCACGUGUUCGAACGUCCGCCCGAAAAAGGAGACGACGAGGAAGAAGAGGAUGGCGAGAUCGCCCCCGCGGCCGUCGACGUCGACGGCGCGAAGAGAGAACGCGAGAAGAGCGUUUCCGGCAUCGGAAGAAAGUUCACGCUGUCCCCCGCGGGCAAGCUCCACAGCGCGGUGCAGCGGUUCGAGGCGCUCCAUCACUUCGCGGCGAGGCUGUACGGGCCGAUGCGCGCGGCGAUGCUGUCGCCGCCGCCGGAUCGCAUGCCGAAGACGCGAGACGUGGCGCCGCCGCCGCUCGCGCUCGAAGUGGAGUCCCAGCCUGAGCUCGCGGGGUUUCUGAGGAAGACGUUCAACGCGCCGCAACUCGCGGCGAUCAAGUGGGCGGCGGCGCACACGCUGCGGAAUUACGACGGGGACAACGCGCUGACCGCGACCGACGUCGACGCCGCCGCGGGGCGGGAAUCCGCGUUUCCGUUUACUCUGGUGCAAGGCCCGCCCGGGACGGGGAAGACGCACACGGUGUGGGGCAUGCUGAACAUCAUCCACUUCGUGCUGUACCAGAGGUAUUACCAGAGCUUGCACCGCAAGGUGGAGCUGGACGCCGCGCGCGCGUCUGGGGACCUACGCUUCGCGCGGCAACUUUCGGAGGCAAUCUCAAGAAACGGCGGCGACGCAGGCGACGACGACGACGACGACGACGACACGACCGUCCGCGAGCUCUUCGACUAUCUCGCGCGCGAGACGGGCGUGCAACUCGGCGCCAACCUCGGCGUCCGGAAACCUCGCGUCCUCGUGUGCGCGCCGUCGAACGCGGCGAUCGAUAACCUUCUCGAGCGCGUCGUGAAGAAAGGGUUCAUCCGCGGCGACGGUACCGCGUACCGACCGAACAUCAUUCGCGUCGGCGCCGACGACGCCAUGGGCGCGGACGCCGUGAGCCCACUCUACGCGGGAGAACGCGUCGAGAUGCUGAUUCGCAUGGGCCCGGAGAAGUGGGACGCCGCGUAUCGGAAACAGGCGGCGUUCGUGGAAGCGGCGGGGAAGGACAUCGAGUUCCUCUGCGCCGCGCACAACAAGGCGGCGAGAGUAGCGAGAACCGGCGGCAUCUCCGGCUCGCUUGGCGGGCUCGUGGACGAGGAGGUCAUUCCAGCGGACCCCGCGGAGGCGGCGGCGGCGAAGGACGCGCGCGACGCCGCGGCGACCGCGCGCGUCGUCGAGCUGUGUCGCCUGUACGAGGAACGGAACCGCGGCGUGAUGGACAUGGCGCGAUUCGCGUGCCUUCUCUCGAAGCUCGGGAAGCUGGGCAAUCAGUGGAAGAGGGAGGCGAAGAACAAAGGCAAGAUGGGUCGAAGGCUACGAAACGUGCUCGAGGCGUCGUUCGUGGACGAGGCGGAGAUCGUGUUCACGACGCUCACGAGCGCGAGUCGUCGGGUGUUUCAAAAGCUCACGCACGGGUUCGACACCGUGUUCGUGGACGAAGCCGCGCAGUCGUCCGAGGUGGAGACGUUGAUUCCGUUUCUUCACGGCGCGCGGCGGUGCGUCCUCGUCGGGGAUCCGCAGCAGCUCCCGUCGACGGUGCUGUCCACGGCGGCGCAGGGGGUGUCGUUUCAACGGUCAUUGUUCGAGCGUUUCACGUCCCUCGGCGCGGAGGCGGUCCUCCUGAGCGUUCAGUACCGCAUGCAUCCGGAGAUUCGCGCGUUUCCGUCGAGAGCGUUUUACGAGGGGCGCCUUCGCGACUCCGAGUCGGUGAUCGCGGCGCCGCCGGAGAGCUAUCACGCGUCGUGGCCGCUGCGGCCGUACGUGCUCUUCGACGCGAGCCAGGGCAAAGAGAAGAGGUCCACGGUCGGGUCGGUCUCGAACCCGUACGAGGCGCUCAUCGUCGUGUCGCUCGUGCGGCGGUUGGAGCGGACGUUGUGGCGAAAAAACGGCGAAACCGUCGACGGCCGCUGCGCGAUAAUCACCCCGUACAAGGCGCAGCGGAGCAAAAUCCGCGACGCGUUCGCGCGCGUGUACGGCGACGAGUCCGCGAUGCAUCGCCUCGGGAUCGUCGUCAGCACCGUGGACGGGUUCCAAGGCCAAGAGGCGGACGUCAUCAUCUUCAGCACCGUCCGCGGCGGCGCCGGCCGCGGCGGCAUCGGGUUUUUACAGGACGUCAAGCGGAUGAACGUCGCGCUGACUCGCGCGAGAAGGUCGCUGUGGAUCGUCGGCAGAGUCGACGCGCUCGAGGGGAACCCGAUGUGGAAGGACUUGGUCGACGACGCGCGCGAGCGAGGGUGCGUCGUCCCGGACUCGGAGCUCGGGGACGUGUUGGAGGUCGCGGGGGAAGACUACGACGGCGGCGGCGGCGGCGGCGGCGGGGGCGGCGGCGGCGCUCGAGGCGAGUGGAUCGGAGGCGACCGCGGCGUGGACGCGCCGCGCGCGUCCGCGACCGCGUACGCGCUGCCCCCUCCGCCGCAUUAGCGUUUUCAUCGCGCGAGUGAGUAGCUUUCGUC